ACCGCCGAUUGAUCGAAGAUCGGACGGCGUAAAACGAUCGCUUACACUCAAAACUCAGUGCAACGGCCAUGGAAGUGAUAAUUAGGCACUGAUACUUUCUCCAUACAAAUGAUCGCCACCAUCGACAUGGAGAUCCACCCCAUGAAGAAGACCAUCUUUCUACUACUCUUUUUACAUAUGAUCUACACAACAGCACACCCGUCGAUCUAUCAUCAUCACCAUCCUACAAUUCUCACUGACAAGGCCGCGCUCCUGGCCUUCAAGGCCGCCAUGACUCAAGACACUCAAGCUGCACUUGCAAACUGGAGAAAUUCAUCCAAUGUGUGCAAUUUCACAGGUGUGGUGUGCAACCAUCGGCAGCACCGUGUGGUUGAACUCUGGCUCAACCGUAGCGGCAUUCAUGGACUGCUCUCUCCGUUCCUCUCCAAUCUCACUGGGCUACUCUUACUUGACCUAUCUGAAAACAACCUUGUGGGGCCCAUACCGCCAGAACUGGGCUCCCUAUGGCGCCUCAAUGAGCUCAACCUCUUCGGAAACCGUCUCGACGGUCCGAUCCCUGAUUCACUCUCCCUCCUUUCUCAACUAUUUUAUCUAGACCUCAAAGGAAAUCGUCUGAAAGGCACCAUCCCCACAUCGAUCUUGUACAAUUGCACAUCAUUAGGCUACUUAGAUUUAUCUGAGAACACCCUCCAUGGAGAAAUCCCACCAGAGAUAGGAAACCAUCUCUCCAACCUAAUGUUCCUCCAGCUAUAUUCAAAUAAUUUGAGUGGGAAACUCCCUCCAUCGCUAUCAAAUUGCACCAUUUUGAAAUGGUUGGAUGUGGAGAACAACAGCUUUUCUGGCGAAUUGCCCACUGAAAUCCUCGGCAGAUGGCCACUCCUCGAACUCCUCCACCUAUCAAACAACCAUUUCACAAGCCAUGAUCACAACACCAAUCUUGUCCCCUUCUUCACAGCCCUUUCCAACUGUACUCACUUACAGGCCAUCGAAUUGGCGGGAAUGGGCCUUGGAGGCCAAUUACCGACCACCAUCGAUCGGCUCGGGAUCAACUUAUCACGCAUAUAUCUCCAAGACAACUGGAUAUUCGGAUCGAUCCCGACCACCAUAGUCAACCUCUCCAAUCUCACUGUACUCAACUUAUCAAGCAACCUCCUAAACGGGACGAUCCCAGACAAGAUAGGCCAAUUACAGAACCUGCAAUGGCUAAUCUUAUCCAACAAUUCGCUAAUCGGCCCAAUUCCUCCAUCAAUUGGACAGAUUAAUCUGUUGAAUCAGCUUGAUUUAUCAAAAAAUAGAUUAUCGGGCGAAGUCCCAGAUAGUCUAGGAAACCUCAUCUUCCUCAGCGAUCUUUUUCUUCAAGAAAACAAGCUUUCAGGAAUCUCACCUUCUCUAGGAAAGUGCAUGUCCUUAAACAGGUUGGAUGUAUCUUUCAACACAUUAACAGCAGUUCCUAAAGAAAUAUUUGGACUAACCCAUAUGGGAAUUUUCUUGAAUCUUUCACACAAUUUUAUAAAUGAGCCACUGCCAUCAGAGCUUAGCAAGAUGCAAACAGUCCAAGAAAUUGAUCUAUCGUCGAACCAUUUCCAUGGAAACAUAUCCCCUCAGCUAGACGGCUGCAUCGCCGCUGUCAUGAUCAAUUUCUCUCUUAAUUCGCUUGAAGGGAAGCUUCCCAGUGCGUUAGGAUUACUUCGGAACCUCAAAUCACUCGACGUCUCCAACAAUUCAUUAUAUGGAGAGAUCCCGGUUGGUCUCGGGGAUUCCGGUAGUCUUGUUCAGCUGAACCUCUCAUAUAAUGAUUUCAAUGGACCGAUACCAAGGAACAGAAGUUUUGCAAACUUCACAUAUCUCUCCUUCCUCGGAAAUCCAAAACUAUGUGGAUCAAUCCCUGGCGUGACACCUUGCAUGAAGAAGGGAAGAUGGUGGCACUCGCGCAAGUUCAAGAUCAUUGUUUCUGUCGUCGCGCCGGCAUCAGCAUUACUCUUGGCGGUGUUCUACAUUAUUGCAUUCAAGAAGAUCAAAUGGAAAAUAGUCCCAAGGAAGGCCGACGCAUCGAGCAAGUCCACGCCUUCAUUGAAACUCAGCUUCCCAAGGAUCACAUAUAAGGAGCUAGCAGAAGCGACGGCAGAAUUCGAUCAAGGGAGGCUGAUCGGGACUGGAAGCUUUGGACACGUCUACCGUGGGGUCCUCAAGGAUGGAACCAUCGUCGCUGUUAAGGUCCUUCACCUGCAAACUGGCAACUCGACGAAGAGUUUCAAUAGGGAAUGCCAGGUCUUGAAGAGGAUCCGGCACCGGAACCUCAUGAGGAUCAUAACGGCGUGCAGCCUGCCGGAAUUCAAGGCAUUGGUGUUGCCGUUCAUGGCAAAUGGCAGCUUGGAGAGCCAUCUAUAUCCGGCGUCAGCGAGGAUGGGAUCAGAGCCGUCAGAUUUGGAAUUGAUACAAAGAGUGAGUAUUUGCAGUGAUAUAGCUGAGGGGAUGGCGUACUUGCACCACCAUUCACCGGUGAGAGUUAUACAUUGCGAUCUGAAGCCUAGCAAUGUUCUUCUCAACGAUGAUAUGACCGCUCUGGUGUCUGAUUUUGGGAUUGCACGGUUGGUGAUGAACGUUGGAGGAGCUGGAAAUGGUGGGCCUGAAAACGUGGGGAAUUCUACUGCAAAUAUGUUGAGUGGGUCCAUUGGAUACAUUGCACCAGAAUAUGCAUAUGGAACAAAUACAUCUACCAAAGGAGAUGUGUACAGCUUUGGCAUUCUAGUGCUUGAAAUGGUGACUAGAAAGAGACCCACUGACGACAUGUUUGUUGGUGGCCUGGAUCUGCACAAAUGGGUCAAGCGCCACUAUCAUGGGAGGGUGGAGAAGGUGAUAGAUUCUUCAUUGAUCAGAUCUGCAAGGGACCAGAGCCCAGAAGUGCAGAAGAUGUGGGAAGUCGCUAUCGGCGAGCUGAUUGAAUUGGGUGUUCUAUGCACCCAAGAGGUCCCUUCGACGAGGCCCACCAUGCUCGAUGCAGCCGACGACUUGGAUCGGCUCAAGAGAUAUCUUAUAGGCGAUACUAGCGCAACGUUUGCAUCGUCACUUGGGAUAUCAUCUUCUACCAUCAUUGGAGAGGAUUGAGUACCACUCAUUCUGGGAUCACUAGAUUAAUGGCUUGAUCUUGUAAAUGUCUGAUAUGUGUACGUACACAUUUUUUUGGUGUAAUAGAUUAUGUUCUAUCAUCAUUUCAAUAAGA